AUGUUCUGGAAUCGAUCAAACAAUCAACCAACGUCUGGAGGAGCAUCUGGAGAUUUGGGUUCGCUUUUUUUUUGUUUUUUUAAAGAAUAUAUCGUUAAUCACGAGGGAAAAUGUUAUAUAUUUUUUAUUUUUCAACAACUUCUGUCACUAAUAUUCACUAGAAACCAAUUUUUAGUGAGAAAAAUAAUGUAUCUGACUUUCUUUCUGUUUAUAGAAGUCUAGAUAUCAUAUUUCUUUUGAAAAAACAACAAGAGCUUUUUCCAAAUCAAUAAUUCAUCACAAUAUUUUGAUUUUUCAACCAAAUCAUCUCGAAAAUGUUUUCAUUUUUUAUUCUGAACGAUUCCGUCUUUAAUAUUUCCGCCUCUAUUCUUUCCAAAAAAACACACAUAAAAAAGAAAGGAGAAUUCCCUUUUCUUUUAUUUCAAAAAAAAAAACGAAGCUUUUUCUUUUUUUUUCCUAUGCGUUAUUGUGAAUGCAUGUGCAUCUAUGCCAAACUCCUCGCGCACACACACAUUUCCAUCGAUUUCUUUCUUCUAAAAAAAGAGAGAUUGCUCUUUUUUUCGUUUUUUUCACAUACAUAUACAAAUUUCAGUUAGCAGUAUAGCUUUUUUUAUUGAUAAACGACCAUAAAUAAUUCAUAGUUUUUUGCGGACUGAGAGUUUCACUUCAAUUUUUAAAAUGAAAAUAUCACUCUUCUUCAGAUAAAACUGUAAUUUUCAGAGCCAUAUUCAUUUAGCAAAACUUGUUUCUCAAUACAUUUCGGUUAUUUUUAGAUAUAAAACAUUUAUUAUCUGAAAAAAAACAUUUUCUCAAUUAAUUUUGUUCAGAAUGUUUCGGGUACAGAUUUUUUGCAAAAACAUUUUUUAAACAUCUCAGCGAACUCGUUGUGUGAAAAAUCAAAAUUUGAAAAAUAUUCCACGUGUAUUCACAAAAUAUUUACUUGAACUUGAAAAGACAUAUUUUUGCAUUAAACAAUUGUGAAUUUUGAGAUCCUUCUAGCCAUGAUAAGUCCCAACAUACAUGGCACUGCUCUCAAAUCUGUGAGGGGGAGAUCAUGACAUUUGGAAAAAAUUUUCGAGGGGGGGAUCAUGACAUCACAGACAAAACAUCUAAAUUUUUUUCAAAGUGAAAUCGGUACGCUAGAAAAAAAUUGGGUUUUUGCAUGUGGUCAUUUUUGACUUAUUUUUUCAGGUUCGGUAAUUUGGAAACUAGUUCUUUAGGAAUAUCGAAUGUAGAGAACGAGCGAAGAAUUCGACGGAUAUCUUUCAUCGGCUAAUUAUUCUUAUUUUAUUUCUAAAAUUCUCAAUUAUAUUUUUCUAUAUCCUUCUAAAAUAAAAAAUGCGUUUAUCUCAGAAAUUUUUACAAAUUAUCAUUCUCAACUCUUCUGAACAAUUACAUAUUAAUAAUCAUAUCCAAUGCGUUAUUUAUUUGAUCAUCAAAUUGAAACUCAAAAAUAUUGAAUUACAAAACAAAAGAAAAAAAAAUGAAUUCCACCGAGAAUUCGAUCCAAAAACCCUCUGAUUAUUAGGCGCGAUCUCUACCGACUUGACCACGAGGCUACUAAUUUUCACACGUUUAUUUUUAAGUGAUAAAUAAGGGAUAGAAGGGGAGAGAAAAUGAAAAAGAGAAGGAGAAGCGGAAAAAAAUCAUAAAAUUUUUGAAAAAUUCCCAUUUUUUAUCGAAUUUCGCCGAUUUUGUUAUAUGUUUCGACUGUAUAAGUAACUUAAGGAUGGUAGAAAGGAAUGUCUGUCGAAAUUAUCUAAAAAGAUGGUUUAUUUCUUGAGAUAUGAUCCCCCCAAAAUCGAAGCCGUUUUGCUAUGUCAUUUUGGGGGGAUCAUAUCUCAAGAAAUAAACCAUCUUUUUAGAUAAUUUCGACAGACAUUCCUUUCUACCAUCCUUAAGUUACUUAUACAGUCGAAACAUAUAACAAAAUCGGCGAAAUUCGAUAAAAAAUGGGAAUUUUUCAAAAAUUUUAUGAUUUUUUUCCGCUUCUCCUUCUCUUUUUCAUUUUCUCUCCCCUUCUAUCCCUUAUUUAUCACUUAAAAAUAAACGUGUGAAAAUAAGUAGCCUCGUGGUCAAGUCGGUAGAGAUCGCGCCUAAUAAUCAGAGGGUUUUUGGAUCGAAUUCUCGGUGGAAUUCAUUUUUUUUCUUUUGUUUUGUAAUUCAAUAUUUUUGAGUUUCAAUUUGAUGAUCAAAUAAAUAACGCAUUGGAUAUGAUUAUUAUUAUUAUGUAAUUGUUCAGAAAAGUUGAGAAUGAUAAUUUGUAAAAAUUUCUGAGAUAAACGCAUUUUUUAUUUUAGAAGGAUAUAGAAAAAUAUAAUUGAGAAUUUUAGAAAUAAAAUAAGAAAUAAGAAAAAAUAAGAAACAAUGGAUGAUAUCCGUCGAAUUCUUCGCCCUUUCUCUACAUCCGAUAUUAAAAGCGCUAGUUUCCAAAUUAUCGAACCUGAAAAAUAUGUCAAAAAUGAAACUCCCCCCCCCCCUCUCUUGGAUAUUUUUCAUUUUUUUCACCAUUUAUUUUUUCAAAUUUUUGACAAAAAAAAUUGAGGGGGAUCAUGACAUUUCAAAAUUUUGGGGAGGGGGGGAUCAUUACAUGGAGGGUCUGUUGGGCAAAGAUGCCAUGUAUGAGUCCCAAAACUUUUCAAAAUAUAUUUUCGUAACCUUGGAAAAAUUUUAUUCGGAAACCUAUAUUUCGAAAUUUCCUGAAUAAAUAAAACAUUUCACAAUUCAUUUUUUAUGGAGUCUCUGUUUAUAACCACCAGUCAGCCUAAUAAUCAAUAAUUUUUCAUACGAAGCAAAAGUUUUCGUUCGUCUUUCAUGAAUUCGUAAUGCCUUAACCUUUUUCUGUUUUUCUCUUUUUUCUUCCUCAUUCAGUCAUUCCAAUCAAUCUUACUUUCUUAUAAAAAGACAACUUUCUUUCUUCCGUAAAACAAAAUUGAAUUUGUUCGUGAGUAUUUUAUAAUCGAGCUACUUUUUUUCGUUGUUUUUCUUCAACGAAGAAAAAAUGUGAAAAAUUUUCGUUGAAAGCUAAUUAGGUUUGGUGGAUCCUAUCCUAGAUUACAUCCCAUGGGAUAUUCAAAACAUGUUUUUUCUUGAAAAGUAUUGUAUCUUCUUUGAAUUUUAUUACUUUAAUUUCUAAAAUAAUUUUAAAAAUUCUGUUGAAAAAAUAUUAUUUUUCAGGUCCACCUUUAACAACUCGGAAUAUUAAUUCACCUCAAACAAAUAUGUUUCGAGUAAGAAAAGCGCCAACAGAUGCGCUGGCAUUGACAAAUUGUGCAGUUGUAAAUCGAGAAGAUUUUGAUUGUAAUCAUAUAAAGUAAGAUAUUUUGUUCAAAAUCAGAUCAUAAGAAUAUUAUUUGCAGACAUGUUACUGUAAAAACUGGACCAGCACAUCAUUUUAUUUUCUCAUUGAAAAAUGAUAGUUCACUUCGUCGUGGUGAAAUCGCAUUUGCAGUUCCACAAAGAAAAUGGGCAGCAUUAUCAUUAGAUCAAGAAGUUCGAGUUGAAGCACAUCGUUUUCAACAUAGUGAAUAUAUUGCAUCAAUUGUUGUUUCAGCUGAUUUUAAUAAUAAAAAAGCUGUAACAUCUGAACCAUUGAAUGCUGAUUUAAUGGCUCGAGAAUUUUCGAUGCAAUUUGUUGGACAAUCAUUUGCAAAAGGAGAAUUACUUGUAUUUCGAUUUGAAGAAAAAGAUAAAAAUCGAGCACAUACUUUAUCUUUAGUUGUAAAAUCAAUUGAAGGAAUUGAUAUAACAAAAGCUGCAAUUGCUGCUGGCGGAGAAGGUGGAGAAGCACCAAAACCACAACCAAUUGAUGCUGGUGAACUUAUGGCUAAUUCAGUUAUUGUUUUUGAUAAAGAAGAAGGUUCGAUGUUGAAUUUGAUUGGAAAAAGCAAAGGAAAAUCAGCUUAUCGAUCAAUUAUUAAUCCUGAUUGGGAUUUCCAAAAGAUGGGAAUCGGUGGUUUGGAUAAAGAAUUUUCGGGAAUUUUCCGAAGAGCUUUUGCUUCUCGUGUUUUCCCUCCAGAAUUUAUUGAACAAUUGGCAAUGAAACAUGUUCGAGGUAUUUUAUUGUUUGGACCACCUGGAACUGGUAAAACUUUGAUGGCGAGACAAAUUGGAAAAAUGUUGAAUGCUAGAGAACCAAAAAUUGUUAAUGGACCACAAAUUUUGGAUAAGGUUUGUUUUAUUUGGAAAAUACAAGGAAAAAUUUUACGAUUUUUUCAAUCAUAAAAAAUAUGCGAAAGUUUCAAAAAAAGUUAUUCUCAGAAAUUCGGAAUAUAAAAAUAGCCUACGAUUUCAGCUCCAAAAAUGUCAGUAAAGUUUUUGAUUAAAACUCCAUGUAUCUGAGAGAAAAAUCAUCUUAUUUGUUUUUCUGGUUUCUCGAAAAAUUCAUAAUUUAUUUUCAGUAUGUUGGAGAAUCCGAAUCAAAUGUUCGUAAAUUGUUUGCUGACGCUGAAGAAGAAUGGCGUAGAUGUGGAGCAAAUUCUGGACUUCAUAUAAUUAUUUUUGAUGAAAUUGAUGCAAUCUGCAAACAAAGAGGUUCAAUGGCUGGAAGUUCUUCAGUUCAUGACACAGUUGUAAAUCAAUUAUUAUCAAAAAUGGAUGGUGUUGAACAAUUGAAUAAUAUUCUUGUUAUUGGAAUGACAAAUCGAAAAGAUAUGAUUGAUGAAGCACUUUUGAGACCUGGUAGAUUAGAAGUUCAAAUGGAAGUAUCAUUAGCUGAUGAAGCUGGAAGACUUCAAAUUUUGAAAAUUCAUACAGCAAGAAUGAGAGAAUAUAAUAAACUUGAUCCAAAUGUUGAUUUGGGAGAUUUGGCAAAAAGAACCAAGAAUUUCUCGGGAGCUGAAAUUGAAGGACUUGUUCGAGCUGCACAAUCAAGUGCUAUGAAUAGAUUAGUUAAAGCUGGUGGAAAAGUACAAUUAGAUCCAGAUGCAAUUGAAAAAUUGAUGAUUAAUUCGGGAGAUUUUGAUUAUGCAUUAGAAAAUGAUAUUAAACCAGCAUUUGGAAGAUCAGAUGAAUCACUUAAUAAAUUCUUGGAUCGUGGAAUGAUUGUUUGGGGACCGGAAGUUACGAAAAUAUUGGAAGAAGGAGAUUUGCUUGUUGCCAGCGCUAAAAAUCCAGAAAAUAGUGGAUUUGUUACUGCUGUUUUAGCUGGUGCUCCAAGAUCUGGAAAAACUUGUUUGGCUGCACAAAUCGCCAAAAAUUCCGAAUUCCCAUUUGUCAAAGUUGUUUCACCAGGAGAUAUGGUUGGAUUUUCGGAAUCUGCAAAAUGUCAAGCAUUGAGAAAAGCAUUUGAUGAUGCAAAACGAUCGAAAAUGAGUGUUUUAUUGAUUGAUAAUAUGGAAAGAUUGUUAGGUGAGAAAUUCAUAUUCAACUCACUUACUUACUUACUUUGAUGAUGAUAAAUUUAAUUUGUUUUUGUUCAGAUUAUUCGCCAGUUGGUCCAAGAUAUUCAAAUUUGGUUCUCCAAGCUUUAUUAGUUCUUCUCAAUGAACCACCACUUCCGGUAACUUUUAUUUCGGAAAAAAUGUAAAAAAUAAUUCGAUUUUUUCAGGAUCAUCGUCUUUUGGUUCUUGCAACUUCUUCGAAUCGAUCAUUUUUACGUGAACUUGAUUUGAUGGAUGCAUUUGGUAUGAAAUUAUAUAUUUAAAAAUUACAUUUUUGAAAAUCAAAAAUGUUUUUCAGGUCAUUCAAUUGAUGUUCCACUUCUUUCAACACCUCAACAAAUGUUGAAUGUUAUUUCUGAUUCGAAUGUCUUUACUUCAGCUCAAUUGCAAGAAAUUCAAGCCAGAUUGACACAAUUGACUGAAACUCAUAGGUAA